UCAUGCCUAUCUUUUUCUUUCAGGCUACCAUACAAGACCUAUUUUGGUGGUGUGUCGGCAUUAACUCCAGAACAGUACAUGAAGAUGAAUGGUUUCCCAAACAAUUACUGGGGCUGGGGAGGAGAGGACGAUGACAUUGCUGUCCGGGUUUCUCUCAGUGGAAUGUUGAUUUCUAGACCUCCUGCUCAUAUCGGCCGUUACAAGAUGAUCAGGCAUGACCAUGAUAGAGGCAAUGAGGAGAAUCCCAAAAGGUUUAACUUACUCGCCAAAUCGAGACGAACUUGGAGACAAGAUGGCAUGAAUGCUUUGGAAUAUCAUUUUUUGUCAAAGGAAUUCUACCCUUUAUAUACCAAUAUCACUGCGGAUAUUGGCACAAACCGGGGCCUUCAAUGACAUGGAUGAAUCAUAAACUACAAGGAGAUGUAUCCUCAUUUUGUAUUCCCAGACCUCUACAGAUCAGGGAGGAACAUGAACAUUUUUCACAGAAUGCCUCUAAUAAAGUUCUACAUUCUGAGAACUGAAACAUAACCAAAGAUUCCCUUUUGGGGAGAGCAGGCACUUUAGCAGUGGAUGAUUGUACACAAAGAAUUGAGCACCCACUCAGAUCAGGAGAUUUUCUUAGUCAUACAGAGGCUGGAAAGAUUUUACAGUCAUUUACUACCACACUAGGAGUUAAAGAAGAGUUGAACUUCAGGAUAGAAACAUGAUGCAGGUGUUUCCAUUUCUUUUGUUUCAUGGGAUGGAAAUGAAGUCUUGAAGAAGUACCACUCAUAGAGGGCAGUUUGUGUUAGCUACACUGUCUCCCUUUGGGGUAUCUCUGUUACUCAUAUUUUUUUAUCUUCCACUUUUCAAGUUAAUUUCUCAUUGUAGCUCUUCUGUCACUGUGGUCAACAUGCAAGUCUUGCCAAUAGAUGUUUUGUAUUCAGAAAUGUUGUCCCAAAGUCUUUGAAGUUCCAGCAGACAAUUUUUACCCUAUUCACUUUUCUUGCUCCUUUUUAUAUUCAGGAUUAUUUUUUUUGUGGGAUCAGUUAAUUUAAAAAUAAAAGACUGUAUUUAUUACUACUUGCCAAUGCAGUCUGACCUAUUAAAUGUAGUUUGUGUCAUUCUUUCCCCAUUUGUUGUAAUACUUUGAUAAUGGGUAAAGAGAGAAUUUUUUUGUGAGUUAAAGGUGUAUCUGACUGGAGACUCUUUCUCUAACUGUGGUGCCUGGGUUUCUCAAUCAGUGGCUUUGCUUAUAAGUUUUCAGCAAAUUUUUUAACUUUUACAGCUGUGAUUUUAGCAGUAGUAUUGUUUGGCAGCAUGAAAAAAAGAUACGUUUUAAAAUGUCACAAUUUUUAUUGCAUGUUUUCACUUCAUUUUUUAGUAAUAUUUAGUACUGUCAAACGUCAGCAGUGAAAUUAUCCACCCCUGCCAAAAUUGCCUUAACAGUAUACCUCUGAGUGGGUAUUUUUCUCUCUCUCUCGCGCGGUUGUGGUAAACGGUCUUGGAACACCAGAGACUGAUUUUAACACUUAGCACCGCAUAGGGAAAAGAAUUUAAAAAAAAAAGUACCAGUGAACACUGCUUGAAAAGUUGUAACUGACAAGUUUCAGGAUAGUUGCAAACGUUUUGUUCACUUUUGAAAGAAACCAUGCUGGAACAUGUAUUUCAGGUGAUAAAAUGACUCAGUACA